AUGGGGUCUAUUAGAGCGUUGACCUGACCAGGCCUUCUUUGCUUCAUCAUCUUCACCGAGUAUUUUUCCUGAGAAAAAUGUGUAUAUUUUCACUUCUAAGAGCUGAGUAAGUAGGUGUAAAUUAUUUCUGGUAUUGGUAUUUUUGUCCGUGAUUAUAUAUGGAUCACCGUGAAAGUUAUGAGUACGACGUAUUCAUCAGUUUUAGAGGCGAUGAUACUCGAAACAACAUACUCAGUCAUCUCGUGGAUCGUUUAGAUCGUGAAAAAAUACGUGCCUAUACAGAUAAAAAACUUAAGCCAGGAGAUGAGAUUUCGCCUAAUCUUCUCAAAGCCAUUGAGGAAUCAAAACUCGCAAUUAUUAUUUUCUCUGAACAUUAUACUUCUUCGGCAUGGUGUUUACAAGAACUUGAGCACAUUUGUAAAGUGAAAUGUGAAAAUUCAAUUAUACCCUUUUUUUAUAAGAUAGAUCCUUCUCAAGCUCGGUGGCAAAAAGGGACUUAUGAAACUGAUCUUGCUAACCACAGACAGCGAUAUAAAGAUGAUAACAGAGUUGAUGGAUGGACUAAUGCUUUGACUACUGCAUCCAAUUUUUCUGGAAUUGUUUGGAAAGAUUUUCGCCCUGAAGCAGAAUUGAUUGAUGACAUUGUUGAGGAGCUUUUGGUUAAGCUGAACCAUAUGCCACAUUCAAGUUAUCAUGAUCUUAGUAACACUGUUGGAAUUCGUGAGCAUAUCAAAAAUUUCGUAUCCCUAUACUUCGAUAAGCCUACUAAGAAAGAUUACCAAAUCAUAGGAAUGUGGGGCAUGUUUGGUAUAGGCAAAACCACUAUUGCAAAGGGUGUUUAUAAUCGAGUGAUUUCCCAGUUUGAACAUCACUACUUUCUUGAAAACGUUAGUGAAAAGGCCAAAACACAAAGAUCAUCAUCUGAUUUGAAGGAUGAACUCUUUGCUGGGCUUUUAGGAGAAGAAAGCCUAAAGUUCGGAAGAGGAGGAGGAGGAGCAGCAACAACAGCGUCUUCGGGAUCAACUUUUGCUAAAUUAAGGCGUUUUAGAACAAAAGUCCUUAUUGUUCUUGAUGGUGUUGAAAAUGAAAAGCAAUAUAAUGAUAUUUUGUCCCCUAAAGAUAUUCAAUUUAGCAAUGGAAGUAUAAUAAUUGUGACUUCAAGAAGUGAACAAGUGCUUAUGAAUAUCAAAGCUGGAGAAAUGUACCAUGUUAGAGCAUUGAAUGAUGAAGAAGCAGAUCAUCUUUAUUAUUUGCAAACAAGUACUACUGGUGAAAGCUCUGUUGGUAUAUCAGAAGAAGAUACAGAGUUGUUGAGAAAGAAAGUGAAGGAUUGUGCAAGUGGUGUUCCUGAGGUACUUUUACUUUUGUGUUCCAGUCUUAGUUCUCACACCACCAUAGAAGAAAAAGAAAUCGCGGUUGAAAAGUUCAGAUCAUUUCCGGAUUUGAAUCUGCAAAAUAAGAUGAGAGCCUGUUAUGAUCAACUAGAUACUGCUGAGAAGAAAAUAUUUCUUGAUAUUGCUUGUUUCUUCAAUGGUGAAGAUAGAGAUUUUGUUGAGAGAAUACUUAAAGGCUGUGAUUUGUUUCCGGAAAUUGGAAUCAAGAAACUUAUUGCCAACUCUCUUUUACAUGAAGACAAGAAUAAGCUUUGGAUGAUUGAAUUACUACAAAGGAUGGGUCAAGAAAUUGUUAGGCAAGAAUCUGAGAAUGAGCUCGAAAAUCGCAGUAGAUUAUGGAUUGCCAGUGACAUCCGUCACAUACUUGAAAAUGAUAAGGGAACAACAAAAGUUGAAGGAAUAUUUCUUGACAUGUCGGAUUGUGAUAAUGUGGUGUGUGUAAGUCCUACAGCUUUCUCAAAGAUGCGUAAUUUGAGAUUAAUCAAGAUUUACAAUUCUAGCUCUAGAGAGUGCAAAGUGAGUCUUCAAGCACUUCAAUCACUUCCUAAUUCACUUAGAUUAGUCUAUUGGCAAGCAUACCCUAUGAAAUCAUUGCCAUCAAAUUUUGCUCCAAAUCAUCUUGUUGAACUCACCAUGCCAUAUAGCAAGCUGCAGAAACUUUGGCCAUCUGAAUUGGUUGAGCAUCUUGGAAACUUGAAGAAAAUCAACCUAAGCUACUCAGAGCAAUUGACUCAUAUUUCACAUCUUUCUGAAAAUAUGGAGAUUAUUAAUCUUGAAUGUUGUACAGGAUUGGUUGAAUUGCCUUUACUUCCCAAAAAACUUUCUAAGCUUACUUACCUAAACCUAAACAAUUGCUCAAAUCUUGGAAAAUUGCCAACAUUUCCAAAAAACAUCAAAAAUCUAGAAAUGAGAAGAUGUGAAAAUCUAAACACACUCCCAAACAACAUUAGUAAUAUGAAAGAACUUGAGUGUGUGAACCUUUCGGGCUGUACUAAGUUGAGCAGAUUCCCAGGAAUCUCAAAACCUAUGAAUCGUUUGACUGUUCUUAUAUUAGAUGGAACACCAAUUAAAGAACUACCUUCCUCCAUAGGUAAUCUAAUUAGACUCCAACUUUUAAGCUUGAAUAUGUGCCAAUUGCUUCAAGUACUUCCUGAAACCAUUUCAAGCUUAGAUUAUCUUGAAAAGCUCAGCAUUUGUCAUUGUUCAAACCUUAAAUCAUUACCAAAGCUUUCCUCAUCUGUGUCUUGGGUUGAUGCUCGGUGCUGCCAAAAGUUGGAAAAAGUUAAUAUGACCACCUCAAAGUUACUUACUCAUGUAGUGAGUAAUAAUGACACUAAUACUAAUUACAAGGAAGGGAAAUUUGCUUUUUAUAAUUGUCCCAACUUGGAUCAUGAAUCUCACCAGAAUUUGAUGUUUGAAGCACAACUUAGAAUUCUCAGCAGUGCAAAGAGGACAAAAGAUAUUGGACAAAAUAGCUUUCCAAUUGAAGAAAUAUGUUUACCAGGGAAUAAGAUUCCAGAUUGGUUCGAGUAUAAUAAUGAAGGAGAUGAAAUUAAUGUUCCCCUCCCCUGGUCUUGGUGUAAUCACAAGUUCUUGGGUUUUGCUUUCUGCGUGGUGGUUGAAUUCUGGGACUCUUAUUCUUUUGAUUCAGAUUUCAAACUCUUGUGUAAAUCUGAAUGCAUAUUCCCUGGUGCAGAAUUUUUUGAUAGAUGGCGUCGUAUUUGGACUUGGCAAUGCAAUUACACCAAUCCAGAUUAUCAUCAUGACAUUAAAAACACACAUCAUAAUAGAGUGAAGAAAUCUAGUCACAUUUUUUUGUUUUAUGAUUAUGGCAGCCAUAAGUACUUUGAUUUCCAAGUACAGUGUAAUGGAAACUCAGGCGCCGUCGCCAGCAGCAGUGGCGGACCCAAUGAAAGACAAGUGGCUAGCAGUAGAAGUAGGCAGAUGAUCAACCCUUCUGCAACAUUUUCUUUCCGCCCAAAUGACUACACAGAUGAGUUUAGUAGCUGUCAAGUGAAAUGUUGUGGUGUCAGGCUUCUCUAUGAUGAAGAUCAUGUUAAUCUCUCUCGUCGAGGUGAUCCUCAUGAUCAUAUUCUUACAAGGGAGGUUUCGGAAAUUGUACAAGAUCGUCAAAAUUCAACAAUGGAGAUUGUACAACGAUCAAACACGAUGAUGAGUAGUAGCAGUCAUAGGAACAUGCCAUCUUCAUUGUACAAUAAUCAUCAUCAGAUAACACAGUUCACAUCCUUCCACUGCUUUCAGUUUUGCCCCAACUUUGCAGAAAUUUGCGAUUGUUUACUUGGAAAGAGACCUGAAAUUGUUAAGAAUCCUUGUGGGUGUUCUCAAGAGCUCAUGAAAAUGAUGAAGGAAUUAAAAGAAGAUAUGGACAAAGUAAAUUCAAGGAUGGAUCGCAUUCUAAUGCAGCAAAAUCACAAUAGGGUGCCUCAACCUAUCUCCAUUUGAUUUUUAUUUAUUUUUUGUGUUCAUCUUGGUCAAUUAAUAAUGAAACUAUAUUGUGUCAUUGCAAUCACACUGAUUAUGAUGAUGAUGAUAAUGAUUAUACAGAAAUUAAAGUGCGUUUGGUUGGAGGUAAUGAAAUGGAAUGAAAUGGAAAGGAAACAAUUUUUAUUCCA